CCUAGGGCCACGUAUCUUUGGCGGCCGGGCAAGACCACGCACCUCUUUCAUGGCUUCCGCGAACACCCGGCGUGUUGGGGAUGGCGCCGGGGGCGCCUUCCAACCUUAUCUCGACUCUUUACGACAGGAGUUGCAGCAGAGGGAUCCGACGCUGCUGUCCGUGGCGGUGGCGCUAUUGGCGGUGCUGCUGACGCUGGUGUUCUGGAAGUUCAUCUGGAGCCGAAAGAGCAGUCAGAGAGCUGUUCUCUUCGUUGGUCUCUGUGACUCUGGGAAAACAUUGCUGUUUGUCAGGUUGCUAACUGGCCAGUACAGAGACACACAGACUUCUAUUACAGAUAGUUCUGCUAUAUACAAAGUCAACAAUAACAGGGGUAACAGCCUGACUUUGAUUGACCUCCCCGGGCACGAGAGCUUGAGGCUUCAGUUCUUAGAUCGCUUUAAGUCUUCAGCCAGGGCUGUGGUGUUUGUGGUAGACAGUGCAACAUUCCAGCGGGAGGUGAAAGAUGUGGCCGAGUUUCUGUACCAGGUCCUCAUCGACAGCAUGGCUCUGAAGAACGCACCGUCCUUCUUAGUAGCCUGCAAUAAGCAAGAUAUCGCAAUGGCAAAAUCAGCAAAGUUAAUUCAGCAGCAGCUUGAAAAGGAACUCAACACCUUACGAGUCACCCGGUCUGCUGCUCCCAGCACACUGGACAGUUCCAGUACUGCACCUGCUCAGUUGGGAAAGAAAGGCAAAGAAUUUGAAUUCUCCCAGUUGCCCCUCAAAGUGGAGUUCCUGGAGUGUAGUGCCAAGGGUGGACGAGGGGACGCUGGCUCUGCUGACAUCCAGGACUUGGAGAAGUGGCUGGCCAGGAUUGCCUGAGGAGCAUCGCUGGCCAUAGACCUUGGUCAUGUGAGCCUGACUCGCAGUUUGGGAAGGGCUGUGGUGAUACGGAUUGAUAAAGAGGGGACGUGUCACUGUAGCAUUUCUUGAGUUCUUGAAGCAAUUAUACCAGCUUGAGAGUUUCCCUCCCCAUCAGUCCUUUUUCAGGUAGUCCUUUUCACUUAGUUCCCGUAUCCUCCCUUUGUUAGGUGUAGCAUUGCAGCAGUGUGAGACAUAACGGAGAGGGCAUCACCAUGAGAGUAGGGUAUCAUCUGAGAAGUCCCUGUCUCCUGCCUCUCUGCAUUGGUCCCUUUUCCUGGGACCAGAUCUGUCUAUUUAUGGAAUAAGUUAAUUUCCAGUUCCUUCUGAUAUUUUGGCAUAAUACAUUAUCAGUUCUUGGUGAAGUCUGUGAUGUGAAGACAGCUUUAAAACCACAGGGUACAGCUGACAGUGUGUUCUUCAUGGGCUCAAUGACCUGUCUCUACCUUAGGUUCAAAAGCUGCUGGAACCUGCAAGAGUCACCCUCACAUGGUGGCUCUAAGAACCAAAUCCCCAGACACUCAUGGUGUGUGAUUUUUAGAGGUUCCACUGGGGAAAGCUGGAGACAGCACACUGCUGCCAUGGGCAUGUGUGAGCCCAGGCUGUCACUACUUGUUCAGCUCCUGUUGUGACACUCCAGCUAGAGUGCUGUGGCACAAUACACUGAAGAUGUCCACUGUGCAGUUUAAAUAUGUAUUUGUUCAUGCUUUAGAAAAGUGUUGCCUUUUUAAAGUGAUGCUGUUGUCAACA